AGCCGGCUAUAAAUACGGCUGCGCGCAGCGCACAGUUAGACAUUUUUCCCAAAUCAAACGAAAGAGACAACUGAGAGACAACUGAGCAAGAACCGGAAUCUGGCGUUUACCUUUGACUCUUAUCUCUACCUUGCUCCACAUUUUAUAUUCUCUCUCUUUAGUAUCUAGCUCGCAAUGUUGGCCAUGGGUGGAUUAUAUUUGCAGCACGUCGUGGUGGCAGCAACGUUGUGCUCCUUGCUGGCCACCGGCACGUCAGGGUCCCCGGUGGUGGGGCCAGAGCCGAUCCGAUGUGCCCCGUGUACUCCGGAGAAGCUGAGCCAGUGUCCAGCGGUGGCGCCCGGAUGCGCCGAGGAGCUGCGGGAGCCCGGCUGUGGAUGCUGCCUCGCCUGCGCUCUGACUGCUGGGGAGCUUUGCGGGAUCUACACGGCGCCAUGCGGCUCCGGACUGAGGUGCACCCCGAGACCCGGCGACCCCCGGCCGCUGCACUCCCUCACCCGGGGACAAGCCGUGUGCACGGAAAGCGCAGAGCCCGAGGCAACCCCCGAGCCCCAGACGCAAGAUCAGGGAGAGCCAGAGCCAGAGCCGGAGAUGGAGAACGCAGCCAUCAUCUCGGACCUCGGCUCCAGCCACUACCUGCCCGGCCACAGUAAGCCCUACGACCCUCGGGCUGCUGCGGACGCUCAGGACAGCAUGAAAGCCAAACAAACCGCCAACCGCAAGAAGCUGAUCGAGCAGGGGCCUUGUCACAUUGAGCUACAGACGGCGUUGGCUAAAAUUGCCAAAUCCCAGCAGAAAUUAGGAGACAGAUUAACCAGAUUCUACCUCCCCAACUGUGACAAACACGGGCUCUAUAAACCCAAACAGUGUGAAUCCUCUCUGGAUGGACAAAGGGGUCGAUGUUGGUGUGUGAACUCCUGGAACGGAAAGAAGAUUUUAGGUUCGACCGACCUGCCUGCAGACGCCGAGUGUCCUUAAGAAGAGAUCAACCACUGAUGCAGAUCUCACACCAAGAAGAAGAAGAAGAAGAAGAAGAACAAGCAAGCCACUGAUUUACCUUUUUUUAUUUAUUGAUCUCUUCCACGGUGGUGUUUAAUUCAGGUACACUGUCAUUAAGGGACUGAAGGUCCUGACCACCCUGAACCCACGUCCCUCCUCUUCAAACACCCGUCCCAAAGAGAUUAAAAAAAAAGUCUAUUUUUGUUUUCUGAAAGGAGAUUUUUUGAUAUUGAUGCAUUUACUUCUACUCUUCAGCCUUAUUUAUUUCCAUUUUAUUUUUUAUUUUUUAAUUAUUUCAUGAGUAUUUAUAUCUUUUUUUUUGCCUUAUUGUUAUUAUAUUAUUAAUAUUUUUAUGGCUGUAUAAAGUGUAUAUAUAUGUAUCUUGGCCCUGAGUAACUCCGCCGCUGAGUUGAGCUCGCUCUACCCUUAAAGGAGUUGUCUGGAUGUUUGGUUUGUGACGAAACCAAGCAAGAACAAAAAGCACUGAGUGACCAAAUGUCAUUUAGAAUGAUUUCUAAAUGUUGUUUUUUUAUGAUUUAUUUUCACAUUGCUGCCAUUUUUAUGUCUAUUUUUUUUUUUGUUAUUGUCUUUUUUUUAUACUGAUGUGACACAUGUUCAGAAUGCAAAACUCUCAGUCGGGGAUCCCUCAAACAGUCUCAGAAAACAUUUCCCAUGAUUCCAUGGGGUUGCAGAUAGAACGACAGGCCGGUGCAUUGCUCUGGCGCCGCCUUUCAGACGGGUAUUUCUACAUUAACCUACCUCCGAUAUUUAUGUUGUCAGUCGUGUAUGUGUCGAAAAAAAGACUCGCUGUUUUACUUCUCUCUGACCAAGAACACAUGACCACAACGAGCGAGUCCCGCAGUGAACCCUGCAGCUCGCCUCCAUCCACAUGCUGCUGUUGGAGAGAAAAUGUUGUUUAUUAUGUGAGUCUAUUCCAAAGUGACUAACUGCUCACUCGUGUGUAUGUACACUUUUGUAAUUGAGAUGUAAUGUAAGAAAAAAAAGGUGAUAUAUUUAAUAAAAACAUUAACCUCA